GGAGAGGGUCCCGGUGACGUCACGCCUCCUCCCUCGCCCCCGGGGGCUCAGGGAAUCCCCGUGACGUCAGCGCCCCCUGGCGGGGUCCCCGCGCGCUGCAGCCAGUCGGCUUCCGCUUCCCGGCCCCGGCCCGCGGUCCCCUGCAGCCAUGGCAGGGCCCGAUCCCGAUCCCGAUCCCGAUCCGGGGGCCGCGGCCGGACGGCCCGAUCCCGAUCCCACGCUGGCCGCCUUCCUGCUGGCGCGGGCGGAGCUGGAGGAGAAGGUGGCGCGGCCGGAGCCGCCCCCGGGGCUGGUGCAGGGCCUGGCCGCCGUGCCGCUGCCCGUCGCCGCUAAGUACCGCGAGCUGGACGCCGCGGCGCUCCUGCGGGACAACCGCCGCGUGCUGCCGGCGCUGUCCACGGCACUGAACAUUCUGGAGAAGUAUGGGCGCAACCUGCUGGCCCGGCAGCGGCCCCGCUUCUGGCGCAAUGUCAAGUUCAACAAUCCCGUUUUCCGCUCCGCUGUCGACGCCAUCCAGGGUGGGCGGGCCGUGCUGCGCCUCUAUGGCUAUACGGAGGAGCGGGAGGACGGGCUGAGCUUCCCUGAUGAGGAGCUGGAGCCACAAGCCGCCCGCGUGGCUGCUGUGACUGCUGAGGUCCUGCUUCUGCGCACCGAGGUCAACCUGCUCCUGGCGAACAGCCACCCGCACCCCAAGAUCUUCCAGGAUGUGUUGGACGGUGCUAAGGAGGGGGUGCUGAGUCCUGAAGUGGUGCCAAACCCGGAGCAGGGCCCUGCAGCCUCCCUGCCCCUGCCCGGUGCAGGGGGGCCGUGUGCCCGGUGUGUGGCAUCUGCACCUGAUGGCUCCCCUGGCCUGUGCCCCGAGUGCCACCGCCGUGGCUCCCAGCCCUCUACUGCCAGCCUGUCCUUGGAGCCGCCACCCGGACGCCGGGGUCCCGUCCCAGCCCCCCGCCCACCCUGGCGCUGUGCAGCCUGUGGGACCCCCAACGAGGGGCUGGCAGUGCUGUGCGGGGGCUGUGAUCGGCCCCGCGCCUGCCCCCCAACCCCCGGGCCUCCCACACCCACCGCUGUCCCCAGCCCUGCCCCCAGCGCCUGGGCCUGCCGCAGCUGCACCCUGCUCAACCCCCCUGGCACCGUCCUGUGCGCCGUGUGCGAGCGCCCUCGCCUGGCUGGGCGCCCCCCCCUUGAGGCCCCUGCCACCCCCCAGGCACCGGGCUGGCAGUGUGAGCACUGCACCUUCUGGAACCAGGCGCCAGGGCGUGUGUGCGAGGUGUGUCACCGCACCAGCCAGUUGGGUGAUGCAACCCCUUGCCCACCCCCUGGGGACAAGGGACCCCGGCGUCUGGCCAAGCCCCCCCACCUCUCAGCAGAGGAGGCCGAGCGGCGGCGCCAAGACAAGCUCCGGGAGGAUGGCAUGAAGCUGGUGGCCAUGAUCCGGGAGGCAGAGAUGGCAGGUGUGUCCCCUGAGGAGGUGGAGGCUGCACGGCAGUACUCGGGGGCGGAGCGCCCACUGUCCUGGCUGCGCUCGGAGCUGCCAGCUGUGUUGGGGGCAGUGAUGGAGGCUGCGUCGGGCCAGGCCAUCUGUGAGCCAGGUGGGGGCCUGGGCGCCAUCACCCUCGGCGAGGCUCGGGAUGCCUGGGUCUGCAGCCAUGGGGAUGUUGACGAGGCCGUGAGCCGCUGCCUGGGCGCCCGCAGGACCAAGGUGCGGGCGCUGAGGGGCCUGGGCUUCGGGGUGCGGGAGCCAGUGCUGGAGGCCUUGUACCACAACGAGGGGGACCUGUGGGGGGCCCUGCGUGAUCUGCAGCGCCCUGUGCUGGAGCCCUUCCGCCAGCGCCUCUGGGCCUCCAACGAGCCCCCCAUCGACUUCCAUGCGUCGGACCACCAGGCAGUGGUGCGGCGGGUGCUGGCAUCACAGGGGCUACCAAGCUGGGGCCGGGCAGAGCUGGUGGCGUCGCUGGCGCAGGAGCUGGGAGUGGGGCCAGGGCCAGGCGGGGGCCGGGGACUGGCGCUGGGUGACAUCGUGGAAGCCGUGCGUGCCUCGCCCGACCGUGCCUUCAUCAAGCGCCUGCUCAGCUGGGAGUGUGCUGUCUGCGGCUGGGCCUUGCCCCGCCACCAGAUGCAGUCCCUGACAUCAUGCGAGUGCACAAUCUGCCCCGAGUGCUUUGUGCAGCACUUCACCAUCGCCGUGAAGGAGAAGCACAUCACAGACCUCGUGUGCCCGGCCUGCGAUGCCCCCGACCUGCGCCAUGAGCCCGAUCGCCUCGCCUAUUUCUCCACCCUUGACAUCCAGCUCCGGGAGUGCCUGGACCCCGAGACCUAUGAGCUGUUCACCAAGAAGCUGACAGAGCAGGAGCUGAUGCGGGACCCCAAGUUCCAGUGGUGCACGCACUGCUCAUUCGGGUUCAUCUACGAGUCGGAGCAGUGGGACGCCCAAUGCCCCCAGUGCCGCCAGAGCUUCUGUGUCCACUGCAAGCGCCCAUGGGAGCCGCAGCACCAGGGCCUGUCGUGUCAGGAGUUCCUGGAGUGGAAGCGCAGCAAUGACCCCCAGUACCAGGCACAGGGGCUGGCUGCCUACCUGCAAGAGCAUGGCAUCAAGUGUCCACAGUGUGGGUUCCUGUACGCACUGGCGCGGGGUGGCUGCAUGCACUUCCAGUGCUCCCAGUGCCGCCACCACUUCUGCAGCGGUUGCUAUGGGCCCUUCCACGCCAAAGACAAAUGCCCACAGCCGGGCUGUGCAGUGCGCCAAGCGCUGCAUGGCCACCACCCCCGCGACUGCCUCUUCUACCUGCGUGACUGGGACGUGGCACGGCUGCAGCGCCUCCUGCAGGAGAAUGGCGUGGCCUUCAACACGGACCCCCCAGCGGGGACGCGCCCAGCCCCAGGAGGUGGGUGCCGGGUGAUGGAGCAGAAGGAGACAAUAGCCGGGCUGCAGGACGAGGCCUGUGGCAAGGAGACACCGCCUGGGCAUGCGGGGCUGUGCCAGGCGCACUACAAGGAGUACCUGGUGAACCUGAUCAACACGCACACGCUGGACCCAGCCACCCUCUACUCGCUGCAGGAGCUGGAAGUGGCCUGUCGGCGCCACCUGCCUGGGGGGGCUCCCCCCCGCCUGCCUGCCGAGCCUGAAGCCACCUACCAUGCCCGCCUGCUGCAGAAACUGACGACGGAGUCGAAGCUGAGCCCCACCAUCCCGCGCCGGCGCCUCUGACCAGCCCCGCGGGGACCCGAUGGCAGCGUGCGGGGGGGGGGUGUUCUAGGGGCCUCAAUAAACUGCACUGACCCUGCAA